AUGCCGAGACCAGAGAGCACAGGGGUAUCUACACAGACCUCCCCCACAGGAGUAUCUACACAGACGUCCCCCACAGGGGCAUCUACACAGACGUCCCCCACAGGGGCAUCUACACAGACGUCCCCCACAGGGGUAUCUACACAGACGUCCCCCACAGGAGUAUCUACACAGACGUCCCCACAGGGGUAUCUACACAGACGUCCCCCACAGGGGUAUCUACACAGACGUCCCCCACAGGAGUAUCUACACAGACGUCCCCCACAGGGGUAUCUACACAGACGUCCCCACAGGGGCAUCUACACAGACAUCCCCCACAGGGAUAUCUACACAGACCUCCCCCACAGGAGUAUCUACACAGACGUCCCCACAGGGGCAUCUACAUGGACGUCCCCCACAGGGGCAUCUACACAGACCUCCCCCACAGGAGUAUCUACACAGACGUCCCCACAGGGGCAUCUACACAGACGUCCCCCACAGGAGUAUCUACACAGACGUCCCCCACAGGAGCAUGUACACAGACGUCCCCCACAGGAGUAUCUACACAGACCUCCCCCACAGGAGCAUGUACACAGACGUCCCCCACAGGAGUAUCUACACAGACCUCCCCCACAGGAGUAUCUACACAGACAUCCCCCACAGGGGUAUCUACACAGACGUCCUCCACAGGAGCAUCUACACAGACGUCCCCCACAGGAGAAUCUACACAGACGUCCCCCACAGGAGAAUCUACACCCCACAGGACAUCUACUCCACUACACUCUCUUCAUUUACUAUAUAUGUAAAUGGUAUUAA